AUGUCCGCUGACAAGUACUACACUCUUGCUGAAGGAUGCCCCUUCGCAAGCAGCAGCACUGCUGUGCUGAUGCGAAACAGACAGGGCACUGGUGGCCUUGGUCUGCUUCAGGAUACCCAGCUCAUUGAGACUCUUGCGCAUUUCUCUCGUGAGAGAAUCCCGGAGCGCGUUGUUCAUGCCAAAGCUAUCGGAGCGUACGGAGUAUUCGAAGCGGAAGCCGACUGCUCGGACAUAACAUCCGCCAGCUUUCUCAACAAAGCUGGAAAGAAGUCCCCGGUUCUUCUUCGCGUCUCCACGGUUGGUCCGGAGUCGGGCUCUGCUGAUACGUCCCGAGAUGUUCAUGGCUGGGGAAUGAAGAUAUAUACCGAUGAAGGCAAUCUCGACUGGGUCUUCAACAACACCCCUGUCUUUUUCAUUCGGGACCCUAUCAAGUUUCCUUCUAUGAAUCGGUCUCACAAGAGACACCCGCGGUCGCAUCUUCCUGAUGCGAAUAUGUUCUGGGACUUCCACGUUGGAAACCCCGAAGGAAUCCAUCAGCUUCUGGUCCUCUUCAGCGAUCGCGGAACACCAAGAUCUGUCCGCUUUUUGAACUCUUAUAGUGGACAUACAUACAAGUUCACCAAAGAGGAUGGUUCGUUCAAGUACAUCAAAAUUCAUAUGAAGACCCAACAGGGCGUUAAGAAUUUCACCCGAGAAGAGGCAACUAAGAUUGCUGGCGAGGACCCUGAUUACAUGAUUCGUGACAUGUUCGAGGCUAUCGAGAGAAAAGAGUAUCCUUCAUGGGAUGUCUUUGUCCAAGUCAUGGAACCCUCCGAGGCCGAAACCUACCGGUGGAAUAUCUUCGACAUGACCAAAGUCUGGCCCCACAAAGACUUCCCUCUGAGGAAGAUUGGCAAGAUGACACUGAAUCAAAACCCCAACAACUACUUUGCCGACAUCGAACAAGCAAGUUUCUCCCCAUCCACCAUGGUCCCAGGCUUCUCAGCUUCAGCCGACCCCGUCCUGCAAGCCCGCCUAUUCGCCUACCCCGACGCAGCCCGCUACCGUCUCGGCGUGAACUACCAACAACUUCCCACCAACGCUGCCAAAGUCCCAGUCUACUGCCCGUUCGAGCGCGACGGCAAAAUGCGCUUCGACGGAAACUACGGCGGCGAUCCCAACUACGUCAAUUCUUCUCUCCAACCCACAAAGUACUAUCCAGAGGUCAAAGGCGUCAGUCCUCAGUCUCUAGCCCUGCACACGGAACACGAGAAGUGGGUUGGUGAAGUGAGCACUUACACUAGCCAUAUCACGGAUGAUGAUUUCGUGCAGCCAGCUGAGUUGUGGGAUAUCCUUGGACGUGAGCCAGGACAUCAGGAGAGAGUUAUUGAGAAUCUGGUUGGGAGUGUUCGGGAGGUCAAGUCGCCGAAUCUGAGGAAUGAGGUUUAUGCACUAUUUGGUCGUGUUAAUCAGGACCUUGGGGCUAAGCUUAAGCAGGCGACUGAGGCUGCUAUU